AUGUCCUCUCCCCCCAACGCGAAAGACAAUCAGAGGUCAAGAGGAGACCGCACGUAUCCGGGUGGAGCGAGCGGCCGCCGUGGUGUCUGUAGCUUUCUCCGAGCCCACCGCAGCUGCCUUGCCGCCGGUAUCGCCGUGUUGCUGAGCCUUGUCUCUGUGGGACUCGCCCCUCUGACGUUCAUCAACAAACAGGAAAUAUCUCAAUUGUCGACGACUUUUGACGCCGUGAAAUGCGACCAAUACAACAUGUCCACAUCUGUGGACGCCUUGAAGCGUGCCAUAGACGGCAUAUUCUCUACUGUUGACGCCUUGAAGCGUGACCAAGACGGCAUGUCCACCACUGUUGACGCCUUGAAACGCGACCAAGACGACAUGUCCACCACUGUUGACGCCUUGAAGCACUACCAAGACGGCAUGUCCACCACUGUUGACGCCUUGAAGCGUGACCAAGACGGCAUGUCCACCACUGUUGACGCCUUGAAGCGUGACCAAGACGGCAUGUCCACCACUGUUGACGCCUUGAAACGCGACCAAGACGGCAUGUCCACCACUGUUGACGCCUUGAAACGCAACCUAGACAACGAACGCAGCCGAAUCGCCGCCUUGGAAAAGCGUAUUCACGAAAUUGUAUCUUGUCCCGGAGGUUACACAAUGUGGCGUGGAACCUGCUACAAGGCCUUCAUCGCUGCGAAGAACUUCAGCGGAGCGACCGCGGCCUGUGGCAAAGACGGCGGCACCCUCGCCAUGCCCCGAGACGCCGAGACCGACGCCUUCCUGAUCUGGCUGUACAAGCGCGUGAGCGACGGUUUUGCUUUUUGGUUCGGCCUGCACGAUCAGCACGAAGAGGGAAAGUUUGUGUGGGUGGACGGUUCUCAACUUGGGUCGUACAGCUCCUGGGGUACGGGACAACCGGACAACAGAGGAUGGAAGGACCACAAAAAUGCAGAUUGCGUCCGUUACUCCGCAUACACAGACAAGUGGAAAGACAGAGAAUGCCACUCGACAUUUAACUUCAUAUGCCAGGUUGCGCCAGGGCGUCCGUAG